AUGUUGAAGCUAUUAUUUCGAUUGGCAAUUUUUUUAAUUCUUCAUCGGAAAUCAACUCAACAAGGAGAGCAAAAAGAAGUAUCAAAAGUUAAAUGUUAUAGACCGGAAACAUUGUCAAUUUACACUAAGGAAUUACCAGCUAUGUGCAUUUAUGGUAUAAAAAUUACGGACGGAUUUGAUUUUUCCUUAUAUUAUAAUGAUCCGGAAAGAGAUGCUAGUAUGGCAGAGAAACUUGACAAUGUCGGAAUGGAUUUAUGCCAAUUUGUACGACUAAUAGGUACUACUGCUAGUGAUCCGUUUCAGGAAGUAGUCGUUCCGAUUAAUGAUAAACAUUUGAUUGAUAUGUUUAUAACUUGUUGUAAUGAAUGUGAACGUGAUGAAGAAAAUUGGCGCAUUUAUUUAAAGUCACAAUUUCUUGCUCAUCGAUAUUCGAUUAUUGAAACGAUCAGUAAAUAUCAUAGUUAUGAAUUAACAGGACGUUUGAGAAAAUUGAUUUUUCCAGCAAUUUGCAUAACAGAAGAUUAUCGAGAAAUACCAGUAACCGGAAAUAAUAAUGUAUGCUACACAUAUGGUAAACAAAAUUUUAUCAAUCCAUUAGCUGGUGAAAAAUAUCCAUCUGUAUUUAAAAAUUUGCUAAAAAUGGGACAAUAUAAUGCAACUAUCGCUGUAAAAUAUUCAUUAGGAGAAUAUUGUGGCAUGAAUUAUGCUCAUUUUGCUAGUGUUGUAGAAUCAUGUUCAUUCGGUUUGUUCCAACAUAAUUUCGAAUAUUUUUGUUGUUGUUAUGGUAUUAUUUUGAGAGAUUGUCAAAAAACAGCGGCGCUUUUAUUCCGCAAAAAUGAAGCAAGGAAUAAUCAUUUAUUUUGUUUAAUUCAUAAAGAAAAAAUUGAAAUAGAUGGAAAUAAAGAAGGAAAGAAAAGUAUAACUUUUAACAUGACCGUAGGAACAAUGCUACAUAUUAUGGAAGAAGUGAAUGAUUAUGGGUACUGCUAUAUGCAUUUGAAACCAGAUAAUAAUAUUAAAUUUGGCAUUGAUGAAUCGCUGUGCAUAAAAUCGGGCCUUUUAGACAUUCGUCUUCGACCAAUAAUUAGAACAUAUUGUUUUUCAGCUAGUGAUUAUCAUGAUUAUUGUCCAUUCAUAACACCUGCUACGAACAAAACGUAUGACAUAUUAUGUUGUUGUAAUCAUCAACAUUUCUGCAACUACAAUCCUGAUAUUUAUACAAAAUUAGCCAACCAAAAUGCUACUCGUCCAAAAUGCUUCUAUAACGAUAGAUAUCAGUAUUUAUUCAAUCAGUAUUACGUCAAUUCAACGCAUAAUGACGUGUGCUUAUUACAUUUUAUUGAUAGUAGCACAAUAAAUGAUAUUAGCACAACUAGCAGCAAAAAUGGUUCAAUUUUUCACUCAUAUCCAGGAAAUGGAUUUCAUCCGAUUGAUUUUUCAUAUACAUUUCUGGAAAAUAAUACUUGUACAUAUGUGGAAGUAGAAAUUAGUACAGCUACUAUUAAACGAUCCGUUGAUUGUUUUAAUGAAAAAUUUAAUACAAAUUAUAUGCCAUUAAAAGUAUUCGUGUGUAGUUGUAGUCUACGAAAGGAUGGCAAUUACUGUGAUCAAAAAUUGGAAACAGAAAUUGCAAAUCGUGCAGAGAGAUUUCCGAAGGAAUUAUUAACAAAAUGUAUUAAAUAUGAAGCAAAAGGAGCAGAAGUGAAAAGAAAUGAAUUAGUAUAUGUGCGCCACACUUCUUAUUGUUUUAUUGAAGCAUCUUUAAUAAUAGAUCUAGAAUAUGGUAUAAAAGUACUUGUCAAAGGAAAUGGUGUGACACGACAAAUAGCAGAAGCAAGUAAAAGAAAUUUCAAUCACAUAGCAUUUUCAAUGUAUAAUUUCUGA